UUAUUCUUCACGAACAAUAUGCUGAUAGUCCCGCAUACCACAAGGUUUUCCUCUACAGAAAGCUGCCGCGGGCUGUGAGACAGACUCUGGGCACGUCCCAUCGGCUUAACCCCGUUGGUGGGGUCGAGUAGUCCACACAACCUUCGUCAUCAACCGACGUGGCGUAGUAGUUCAGUUUACUAACCGGCGCCUUUUUUCUCUCUCGUUCCAGUAGACAAGCUUGUGGGCAGAAAAGCCGUUGCCGGAUGUCGAGCUCAAGUACGGCUGCAUGUGAGCUUUCAUAUGAGCGGCUAUGGCCAGCAUCUCUGUGCUCCGCGCCGGCCCAAGCCUUCCUGAUGUCUGCCGUCAUGUGGGAGCUCAGGCAGGUUGCUGCCGGAGGAGAGUACAAGCGGCGCGGUAUUCGACGUCGCAGAUGACCAGGCAUAGGGUUGCCGUAUUACAUCAAGCUCUUGAUCCGCCUGUGAUUGAUGGCAUCAAGAAGCCCAAGAAGCCCAAUGGAUAUAAGGAUUCCGGAGCCGAUAUUGCAUACAACCUGGACCAGAAGAAGAAUCUCGAAGUCAUUACUCCCAUCACCAAUCCCGACCCAACCAACGAUAGCGACUGGUCAUUCCCCGAUACUGAAGACGGCAUACUGGAAGCCAUCGACAAAGGAGCAACACAUCUGUGGGCCAACACCAUCGUCUUCGCCUCACAUCCCUUGCAGACCUCGGCGCAAAUAGGCCAGCACGCCGAAAAGAUCCGCGUCGUAGGCCAGAGUCCCCUCUGCGUCGACCGAUACGACAACAAGGACUGGGUGAACACCCUCUUACGAAAGACCAGCGGCUUCUCGAUGCCACAGUCCUGGGUUCUACCACCUCUCGGGAUCUCACCAAGCGCCGAGCACCUCAGAGACCUGCCGUUUCCCAUCGUGGCGAAGCCGAUCCGCGGCCGCGGGAGCCACGGCGUCAAGGUCUGCCGGGGCCCGGAGGAGCUGGCGGCGCAUGCUGAGGGCCUCGCCGGCGAGGACGCGGCUGUCAUGCUGGAGGAGUUCUUGCAGGGUGAGGAGGCGACCGUCACCGUCAUGCCGCCCACGGCGGAGAAGAAGGGGUAUUGGUCGCUGCCGUUGGUCUCGCGGUUUAAUCACCAUGAUGGCAUUGCGCCGUAUAAUGGCACCGUUGCGGUGACAGCCAACUCCAAGGUCAUGGCUGACUGUGAAAAGGACCCGAUAUGUGCUCGGUUCGAAAAUUUCUGCAAACCCCUUCUCCAGGCUGGCCACCUCGGAGGCCGUCUUUGAAGCUGGGUACUGACCGGUGAGCGUGUCAGGGUAAUGAGGGAGUCGGAGCGAGCUGCCGAGCUCCUUGGCGUGACCGCACCGAUCCGAAUCGACGUGAGACGUUACAGCGAUUCUCCCGACUCGACCUUCGCCCUCUUUGAUGUGAACAUGAAGCCGGUAUGUUGCACCAGCGGCACGGCAGUGAUCGAGACUCGUGCGCCGUGGUUCUGAGGCUGACUGUGGUGUGACCGAUAGAAUAUGACCGGUCCAGGCAGACCCGGGCGCGACGACCAAGCCAGUCUGACGAUGAUGGCGGCCUCUGCUUUGGGAUGGGACUACAAGGAGCUUUUAACACAAAUUCUCGCGACAUCGAGUAGUCUGGCGAUGUUACGAGGGUUGAAGCCCAAAGAAAUCGCAUAAUCAUAGAUAGUCUAGCAUUGCCUGAGCCAUACACUUCUCAGUUUAUCGAGACCGAUUUCGGCCGGGUUGAACCAAUAAAAAC